GAAUAGCGUUCUAACUUUAUAGUCACGUGACCAGCCCUCAGUCAUAUGACUUGAAGAAAGCUAGCGUGGAGUUAGCUACGACGGCGUGAACGGUGCGCGAGGGCAUUACCGUCUUUAUUUCUCUAUUUUGGUGGAUUUAUUGCCAUGAGUGGUUUGUUUAGAAGUGUGUCGAAGUAAAGAAGAAGAAGAAAAAGACGAAGGAGAAGAAGGAGAAGAAGGAGAAGACAACAUGAAGACCGGAAGCUGCAGUUGUGGACUCUCCUGGUUUCUGUCCACUAUUUGGUUUGUCAGUGUUAGUGUUAGCAGAGCAGCAGAGAUUGACCCUCUGGUGUAUGAGGAGCAGCUGCUGUGGGUAGGUGGAACCCAGGGGCAGGUCAACACCUACAGGAUCCCUCUGCUCACCUUCACCCACAAGGGAAGCCUGCUGGCUUUUGCGGAGGCAAGGAAGUUUUCUUCAGCAGACACGGGAGCAAAGUUCAUCGCACUUCGGCGGUCCACGGACAAAGGAGCCACCUGGUCCCCAACCUCAUUUAUUGUUGAUGAUGGAAAGAACCCGGACGGCCUGAAUCUUGGCUCUGUGGUGGUGGACGAGGAGGAGGGCUUAGUGAUUGUGAUCUACAGCAUCUGCUUCCACCUGUACCACUGCAGCCCGGCCAGCGCCAUGUUGGUGGAGAGCAGGGACGACGGCCUCAGCUGGAGUCUUCCAAGAAACCUUUCAGUCCAACUCGGAGCCAAGGCCUUCAUGGCGGGGCCAGGUUUUGGCAUUCAGAAGCGAUACAAUCCAGCUAAAGGGCGGUUGGUUGUCUGUGGUCAUGGAACGAUCGAGGGGGACGGCGUUUUCUGCAUCCUGAGUGACGACCAUGGCCGCAACUGGUACAACGGUGCCGCCCUGAAGAGCAUCCCCUACAACCAGAAGAAGAAACCGUUGGACUUCAACCCUGAUGAACCCCAGCUGGUCGAGAUGUUGGACGGCAGCAUCAUCGUCAAUGCACGGAACCAGAACAACUACCACUGCAGGUGUCGCGUAGUGGUGCGUAGCCACGACGGCGGAUUGACCCUGCCCAUAGACGAUCUGUUUUUUGACGAUACUCUGGUGGAUCCUGCAGUUGCAGCUGGAAUUCUGCAGAAAGGAGGAGUGCUAUACUUCACCAACCCCUUUAACGCUACACACAGAGUCAACCUAACCUUAAAGUGGUCACUGACCAAUGGCACCUCUUGGGAGAAGAAAUCUGUCCAGAUAUGGGCGGGACCAAGCGGCUACUCCUCCAUCACAUCACUGGACACCGGUUCCGUAGAUGACAGGAAAUACAUAUAUGUCAUCUAUGAAAAGGGCCAUAAAGACUAUGACGAGACGAUCUCGUUCGCCAAGAUCCACCUCUAUGGUGGCCGGUAGCACAUAACACGAAAGGGAAGAGGAAGACAGGGAGACGUUGUUCUCCGGCUCUCUCAGGAAGAGGACAAGACUUUCCAACAUUUAGUGUUUUGACAAUUCAAAACACUAAACACUCUAAAAUUCCGACACUUCAUUUUCCACAGAAUUGUUUGCACAGCUGCAUUAUUUUUUAGGAGGAAGUACACUGAAGGCAAAGCUUUCAGAACAAAUAAGUGUUUUUAAUAAGAUUUAGUCAACAAUGGAGCAGUAUCAUCAGUUUUCCAUGUAGCAUGGGAGAAAAUGACCGUGUCCAAACUGCUCCAUUGUUGACUGUUAAAGACGACGUCAAGAGCUUUGACAUGUUUGUUUGUGAAACUGCAAACAAACUGAGCAACUGUAGAAGAACAGCUGGAAUGAUUAAAAAUGAAACGGCUUCUUUUGUGAUUGCACAGGAUAUUUUCUGUUACUUCUGUUACUGGUGGUUUGGAGAGAGAAAUCUCACCAUUUUUAUGAACAAUGACGAUAAUAAAAAAAAAAACACCGCCUUUCUCAUCAGAGAUAUAAGUAUUAUUAUUAAAUGUAUUACAAUAGAAGGGAAUUGUUUAAUAUAAACCAGUGGUGGUGAUAACUGAAUCUGUGCUGACGUUUGUAUUAAAAUGACAUGAUUUCACUAAA